AUGUCUUCACAAUUCAAGGCUGUAGCGAAUGCCUCUCGUGAAGUGGGUCGUGAUCUGUUGCAGCAAAUGGGCUCACAAAUUAAUUUAUUGUCCAGCAACAUUGCUGGAAGUGGAGUUCCUUUGGGGUUCAAAGCAGAUUUGAAAGACCUUGUUGGUCCCACAGAGGACAAUCUUAUCCGAAUUUCUGAACAUGAGAAUGAUGAUGACGACGAGGUCUAUGACUCGGAUGAUGAUGCCAUUUUCAAACAAUUGGAACACAAUAAUAAUUUUCUUUCAUUUGAAAACAAUGACGAUGAUGAUAUAGUGGACAGUAGUGAGAGAACAUCAACCCUUCGGAUGGCAGGUCAAUGGGAAACUUUGGUACCGACUUUAGAGAGCAGUGCCGAAAUUAAUACGUCCCUGUCAUCUACAACACCAGCAACAACAACAAUACCCUCUUCCCGAACAAGUAAAACAAGAAGAACCACCAAUGAAGAGGAAACGAUCCAAAUUGAUGAUGAUGAAGGCUCUUCUUCUUCUCAGCAAAAACAACAGCCUCAAUUUGUAAGCCUUCGAACACAUCAACCUCAUGAAAUUGACCCAUCCACAUCUGGUAGUAGCUCUAACACUGCUACAGUCAUGGCACCAAUCACACAAACCUAUGAACCAUCAUUGCCACCCUCCUCAACUGCAAAGCCUUCCUCUGUGUCAUCCAUUAGAAAAGCUUGGCUCAUUCCCGUUUCUAUUCAUGAAGCAAUGGCAAAGCAUCAAGAUGAAGAUGAUGUGGAGCCGCCACCACAAGACAAACAAGCUCUACUUGUUGACGUGAAUGAUCAAGGAACCAAAAAACGACGUCGUAAAAUUCGUUGGUAUCACACAAAAUGCUUCAUUAUUGGAAGUGCUAUCUUGUUGACCUUUAUUGCCAUUCUCACUAUCAUUUUGUCAUACCUUAUUUUCUACAAGCAUAAUCAUUUACUGUUUGUGUGUGGAAGUAUUGAAUUUAUUGUGGUGAGCUUGUUUGAGGCAACAAUUUUAAUAUGCUGCAGUAUCGUUGCUUUUAAAUUGAAUGAAUGGUAUCAACAAUAUCAUGGUGAAGCUGCAUCUGACGAAGAUUUGAAAUUGAAGUAUUCGGAUAACCCUGCGAGGGACAAAUUGAUUUUGAAAUUUCAAAACGCUACUGUGGUGGUAUCAAUUUGUUUAUUAACUUUGUUGACUCUAGUUUAUGUUGGAGUAUUUUCUGGAUUAAUUUAUGCAGGUUAUUUGACAUUGGCCUCGUUUAGUGGAACCGAGAUAUACACAUCACUUCGAAGUCAAGUGAAAAUUGAAAAAGAAAAAGGAUCUCAAGUUCUGCAUAUUCAUGGUAAAACAGACUAUGACGUUUUUUUUGCACAGGGUGUUAUGACUGCAAAAGAGAGACUUUUCCAAAUGGAAGUUUUACGAAGAAUGGGUCAAGGAACAUUAUCAGCACUCGUUGGCGAGGAUGCCCUAGAAAUUGAUGUAUGGAGCAGAACGUUAGGAUUAUUGAGAUCGGCUAAAAAGAAUUUGGCAUACUUGGACGAAAGAACCAACAAGACAUUGAAUGCUUUCUUUGAUGGCGUGAACAGCUAUAUCAGAAGCGAUCCAAAACUUCCUCCCGAGUACAGACUCUUCUAUAAGAAAAAAACAAUUCACGUAUUUGAACCUGUUGACGCAUUGCUGUUUUGGAAGUUGAAUUCUCUCGAUUACUCCACGAAUGCCUUCAUGGAACAAAUGAGAUUUUCUGCAUUGAGAAAGAAUUUUACAGUUUCAGAAGCGAUGGAAUUCUUUCCAAUAUAUCCUAGAGCUUGGCCUUCACAGUUUAAGCAAUCUGAUUUGAAUUUGACUUCGGUGACAAAUGAACAAAUUGAAUUUCUCUACGAUAGACACAAUAACAAUAAUGGUGCUUAUGUUCCUCGAGUGAAUACGCAGCCAAACGAUGGUGGCGAAGAUGACGGUGGCAAUACUGGAGGUGACGAAGAAAAUAGACGUCGAAGAAAAAGCCAAUACAGCAAUUCUGCAAGCGACCUUUUUUCACAGCUUCUUUCAAAAUUGGAGUUGAAACAACCUGUGAUUUAUAAGAGCAUUCAAAGUGUUUUCAAUAAGAAACAAUAUGAAUCAUAUUUCGCUUCCAAUGCCUGGGCAGUUAGCGGAAACAAAACAAAAAGCGGAAAACCAAUGCUAGCUAAUGAUCCACACAUGACAUUGACUUCUCCUCUUCCUUUCCUUAUGUUCCAUUUAAUUUCAGAUGAGAGUGGUUUGAACGUAAUAGGCUCUGCCUACCCACUUGUUCCAGGAGUAUUCGUCGGUCGUACCACCAAUACUUCAUGGGGAAUUACAUCAUCAGGUAGUGAUGUUCAAGAUUUAUAUGUCAUGAAUGAGACAUCUGAGAGUACAUACAUGGUGAAUGGAACUGAAAUGAGAUAUGACAUAUUCCAAGAAGAAAUUCACUUGGAUAAUACUCAAAGAGUCACAUUAUUUGUGAAAGAAGGUAUUUACGGCCCAGUAGUGAAUCCAUUGUAUAGACUUGAAGGCGCGGAACCAUUAGCAAUGAAAUGGGUUGGACUAGCAAAAGAUGAUACCACUCUAAAUGCAGUGAUUGGAGCCAUGUAUCAAAAUUCUUGGUGGGGAUUCUACAAUACUAUGAGUAGUUUUGUUUCGCCACCAUUGAAUUAUAUUUAUGCUGAUAAGGAGAACAACAUUUGUAGUCAAGUUGUUGGUAGAAUUCCUAUUCGAAAAUAUGGUCACAGUGGACAAUUCCCUGUAUCUGGUAACGGAACCUAUGAAUACUUGGGCUAUAUUCCUUACCAAGAUUUGCCUUUUGUUUGCAAUCCUAAAGAUAGACAUUAUGUCGUUGCUGCCAAUGCAAAGAACGAACCUCCUGGAUAUCCUUAUUAUUUGGGUGGAGAUGUUGCUACAAAGUAUAGAUUUGAAAGAAUUGAAGAAUUAUUGAAGUCAAAGACAAACACCACUGUUAUGAACACCACCCAUAUGUCUGACAUUCAAUUGGACACCUUCUCCAAAUUAUUUGUUGAUUUUAAGCCAUUCAUAUCUGCCUUGAAAAAUUACAGUCAAAUACUAUCUUUUGAUCAAGAAGUAUGGAGAAAGAAGUUAGAACAGUGGAAUGGCUAUCUCACCGUUGGAUCCAAAGAAGCUAGUAGUGGUAAUUGUACACGAUCACAAAAUCAAACAUGUCUUGCAUUUGCAGCAGAGGCAUUUAGGCAAACUGUAAUUGACUUGAAGAUAUUCUCGAGAAGCGAUGUGAUACCCUCAUGGGGUAUUGGUAUUCACUCCACCACAUAUUUCCAUCCAAUUUUCCAUAAUCAAUUUGUUGGAUGCUUUUGUGACAAACGUCACUAUGUUUCGGGAGGCACGGACAGUAUCAAUUUUUCAAGAGUUACUGAUAGAGCUGGUUUAGAUUCUUCACAUGGUGUUGGAUAUCGACAAGUCAUUUCUAUGAGUGAUGCAGAUGGUGAUAGAUUCAUUACUCCCUUGGGCCAAAGUGGAAACUGGCUCGAUAGUACAUACAGCAACAAUCUCAAAUUUUUGCAGAGGGAAGAUAUCACCCUUUGA